AUGCGAAAAACGCGGGAGCAUCGAUUGGAUCACAUACAAGAAGUUUUAGAAAAAUGGCAUCAAAUAGAAGAUGAAAUAUGGGCAAAAGUAAUACUUUUCGAAAGAAACAGAAGAAUAGCAAAAGCAUAUGCGCGCGCACCUGUAUUGACAAUUAACGGAUCAGAUGAUGGAUUUGACGGUUUCAGAAUCGGUUUGAACGGUUUUGAUAAUCCGAUGAGAGAUAAAGAUACUUUAAAUUGUAAAAGAUUAAUUGAUCACGGUGUUAAAAUAAAAAUGGACGAUCAGGGAAAUAUAUUAAUAAAAAGAGUUUCUAAUAAAUGUAAAAUAUUUAUUAAAAACACGAGUCCGAAUGGAACGGACGAAACUUCCAUUGGUUCUGACGUAUUAAAAUCAGGAGGAAAUAAUUCACUCGAACCUGAUAAACCUUACAAGUUAUUCGACAUGACAAAAUUUCAACAAAACGUGACGAGAGAACUUCAAAGAGCCUACCCGGAUAGAAGACGUCUGGAAUGUCAAUGUUUAAGCACAAUAGUAUUCGUUAAAAACGAAAAGGAAAUUCUUAAUUGUCCAGUAUGGGUCAUGAUAAUAAAUGUCGUCGCGUUGGACAUGUUAAAAUCAAAAUUACCACCCGUUCAAAGAGCCGUCGAUAUAAGAAAUCGUCCGAGAAUUCCAAUCCCCGAUGAAGAUCCAUAUAGCGUCGCUGGAAACGGUAGCGGAAGUUCCGGUUCAAAUACCAGCGGUCCGAUGAUGUCUAGCAACGGUCCACCAGCUGGCUACGUGGCUGCCACACGGGAACAACUCCUUCUUCAACAAGCUAGAAGAAGUGACAAACCUCCCAAGUUACCUCCUAGAGACAAUGUUGCUUAUCCACAUGACAUUCCUAAGCCGGAUUACGAUGACAUAGAAGAAGAAAAUAAUAGCAAGUUACCCUCUAAAUUAUUUAGACCUUUUCAAUCGUCCAGAGGUAAAGAUAAGUCAAAGGAUAGUAAAAAACACGAUGACCCUUAUUAUUGUGGUCUCAGUGCCAGAGUACCAAAUUUUGUUAAACUCUCAGCAAACAGAACGAAACCUUUACCAAAGGAAACAAGAGAAAGCGUACGAGGGUAUCCGAUGCCUUCAUAUGGCGUCCCUCCCCAUCCUCCUCCUCCUCAUCCUCAUCCAGGUCCGCAUUAUAUGAGUUACCAACAACCUCCAUUAUGGCACACUAGAAGUUACGAAAGCGGAAUGGAUUCUGAUCAUUUGGAAUCCCCGUACAAUCAUAUUUAUGGACGUUUACCCGUUCCGACGAGAUCAUACAUCCCCCAAGCUCCAAGAACCAUGUUUGUCGGCGAAUGGGAUUGA